AUUUACUGUAAAGAUUUCAGAAUUGUGAGAUUUCGCUUUGAUGAAUCAGGUCCUGAAAGUGCCAAAAAGAUGACAGUAUUUCAGUCAUUGCAAAGCAUAAUUAUCUGGCUCGUUCUUGCACCAUCUAGAGUACUUAUUGGUCAUGUUUGAUGUGUGAGGCAGUGCGCUAAGUUUAGUUGAGGAGAUAAAGCAUGAACAAAUGAAAACAACAGUACAAGGUAGCAGCAUAAAAGAUGUUCCCACAUAAAUGGUUAGCUUCCAAAUGAAUGAAACAGAUAAAAAGUGCUGUGGAAAUUCAGAAUAUCCCUUCCCUGUUGUUGCUGCUGGAGUGGAUAUGUCACUGCCUUUUUGGAGAAUGCUUCAUUAGUUUUCAAGUUUUGUUUCUCUGAAUAAAAGUACAUUCCUGUUAAAAUUCAACUCAGCAAACACUUACUGAAUACUUAGCAUGUAGUCACUAAAGAUUAAACAGUGUCAUGGGGCACAACAAUGAAUGAAAUCCCUGGCAUUAAGGAGCUCUUCCACACUCUAGGUCAACAGGAAAACAUGGAAAUAAGUCUAUAAUCCCUGUCCCAGAUAACGCUCCCACACUCAAGGCCUUAUUGUACAUUUCAUUUAACUAAGUGUGUUGAAAUCAAUUCUAAAUGUAGAAUUUUUCCUAGGUAUGCCUUGCAAUAGCUCAUUAUUCCCAGCCAACAGACCUCCAGCUACUCUUUGCAUUUGAAUAUGUUGGGAAAAUAUACCACAAUUCAGAAGCAUAAACUGCACCUUUAAGAGCAAAAGAAGCCUGAAAUUUCCACACACUGCAGUCAGAAUUCAUUAAUUUGUGAGUGAAAGAGGCCCAAUAAUCCACUCUUGAACUUCUGGAUGACACCUUGAUUCAUUGGCUGGAUUAAAGAAGUCCUUUUUGCAGGCAGCCAGCAAAGCUAAUGGAAUACCCUCAGGAGGUGGAGGUGACGGUGGCAUUGGAGCUGGGGGUGGCAGCAGCCAAAAAACUCCGCUGUUUGAAACUUACUCAGACUGGGACAGAGAAGUCAAGAGGACAGGUGCCUCCGGGUGGAGAGUUUGUUCCAUUAACGAGGGCUACAUGAUAUCCACCUGCCUUCCAGAGUACUUUGUAGUGCCAAGUUCUUUAGCAGACCAAGAUCUAAAGAUCUUCUCCCAUUCUUUUGUUGGAAGAAGGAUGCCAUUCUGGUGCUGGAGCCACUCGAACGGCAGUGCUCUUGUGCGCACGGCCCUCAUAAAAGACGUGCUGCAGCAGAGGAAGAUCGACCAGAGGAUUUGUAAUGCCAUAACUAAAAGUCAUCCACAGAGAAGUGAUGUCUACAAAUCAGAUUUGGACAAGACCUUGCCCAAUAUCCAAGAAAUACAGGCGGCUUUUGUAAAACUUAAGCAACUGUGUGUUAAUGAACCAUUUGAAGAAACUGAAGAGAAAUGGCUGUCUUCACUGGAAAAUACACGGUGGUUAGAAUAUGUAAGGGCAUUCCUUAAACAUUCAGCAGAACUUGUGUAUAUGCUGGAAAGCAAGCGUCUGUCUGUAGUCUUACAAGAGGAGGAGGGAAGAGACUUGAGCUGUAUUGUAGCUUCUCUUGUUCAAGUGAUGCUGGAUCCCUAUUUUAGGACAAUCACUGGAUUUCAGAGUCUGAUACAGAAAGAGUGGGUCAUGGCAGGAUAUCCAUUCCUGGACAGAUGCAACCACUUAAAGAGAUCGGAGAAAGAGGCUCCUGUGUUCCUGCUGUUCCUGGACGCCACGUGGCAGCUGCAGGAGCAGUGCCCGGCAGCUUUCGAGUUCUCCGAGACCUACCUGGCAGUGCUGCACGACAGCACCCGCGUGGCCCUGUUCGGCACCUUCCUCUUCAACUCCCCGCACCAGCGCGUGCAGCAGAGCACGGAAUUUGCUAUAAGCAAAAAUAUCCAAUUGGGUGAUGAAAAGGGUUUAAAAUUCCCCUCAGUUUGGGACUGGUCUCUUCAGUUUACAGCAAAGGAUCGCACCCUUUUCCACAACCCCUUUUACAUUGGAAAGAGCACACCUUGUGUACAAAACGGUUCUGUGAAGUCUUUUAAACGGACAAAGAAAAGCUACAGUUCCACACUAAGAGGAAUGCCAGCUUCCUUAAAGAAUGGAAUCAUCAGUGACCAAGAGUUACUUCCCAGGAGAAAUUCAUUAAUAUUAAAAGUAAAGCCAGACCCCCCUGAGCAGAGCGACAGCCAGGACAGGGGUGCGGAGCAGUACUUCCGAGAGUGGUUCUCCAAGCCGGCCGACCUGCACGGGGUGAUUCUGCCACUUCUCUCCGGAAUGCACAUCAAACUGUGGAAACUCUGCUACUUCCGCUGGGUCCCCGAGGCCCAGAUCCAGCGUGGGGGCUUCAUCACAGCCUUCCACAAGGUCUCCCUGCUGGCGGACGAGGUGGACGUGCUGAGCAGGGCGCUGCGGCAGCCCCAGGGCAGCCCCCCGGAAGCCCCCUGCCCCGAGCUGGUCCAGAGCAGGCUGUACUUCCACGCUGGCGACCCACACGACGCCCCGGGGACACCGGACUUCCUCUCCUCCUCAUUCCCGUUUUCCCCAGUGGGCAAUCUGUGCAGACGGAGCAUUUCAGGGACACCACUAGCCAAGUUUUUAAGUGGGGCCAAAAUAUGGUUAUCUACUGAGACACUAGCAAAUGAAGACUGAAGCGGGGUGGCUCUCUGAACGUCCUGCGGGAGCGAGAGACCUUCUCCUCUGAAGUAAAACUGCUGGCCGAGGCGUUUGAAGCUCUAAUCGUUCUAUACGUAAGAAUAACAGUUGAAAUUUGCACUAAUAAUUUAAAACAUGUUGAAUUAUGCUUCCUUCACAAUAUUUUUAAAAGAUAGGCAUAACUUUUGUUAUUUAUGUCCUCUUUCUAUCAUUCUAGGUCUGGCUCAUUUUUAGAUCAUUUGCAGGCAGACAUUCCCACGAUCU